AUGUUCCCUGCACUCGGGCAGACGCCAUGCGACGCAUGUGUCAAGCGCGGCAAGCCCGAAGACUGCGUCUGGGAGGACGCACCACAGCAACUGUUCGCCCUCGCUACCGACCUCGAUGCUCUCCGCCAAGAGGUCGCCGAUCUCCGCGGUCUGAUCAACUCACGCUCUACGGUUUCAGCACAGCAUGACACUGCACUCGUAUCGCCAAGUCUACAGCAUCCUCCUCGCCCAGCAUCAGCGUCCAGUUUUGACCAACGUGCCCUGUCGACUGGAGCAGCGUCUUCGUCUGUGCCUCCUGUGACGGCAUUUGCGUCUCCAGUGUCGUCCACUCACCAUCCGUCUGUCGGUCGCGUCGAGUACACAGUGAGCGACCUGGAAGCUGCAGCAAUAGGCCCUGCACCUGGUGCACGCAAUGUUUUCGACAGCAGUCCGGCCAACGGGUAUUGCACGACGGGCCUCGGCAUGGGUCUGAAACCCAGCCCCAGCUUCGACAACGUCGCAGACCUGAUGCCUCAUACCGACGGUGGUACCAUCUUGAUCAAUGAGUACUUUGGCGGCCCGUUGCACAAGGGGUGGUAUAUCGUCGAAGAAGGAACGUUCAAGCAGCUGCACCAGCUGUACAAAAUUGCCGCUCUCACCACCAAGUUGACUGACAAGGCGGCGUACCUAUUCCCCAAUUACUCGGCUGAACAGUUGAGCCGCAUCCCGAACGCGCUGUACCAGGCAAGCGUGGACGCUUUGGAGAGUGCCAACUACAUGGCCGUUCCACAGAUCAGACACAUUCAGGUCGCCCUUCUCUACGUUCUAUUCCUUGUGCAUUUCGGCGAGACUCCCGACCAAUCGAACGUCGCUUUGCGCCACAUCGACCUUGCAGUCAGCACUGCACUCUGGCUGGAGCUCGACUGUCUCGGUGACGACCCUUCAGUGUUGCCCACAGAUGAUCCCGCCCUCGCAGGCCUGAGUCCCAAGGCCCAACUGGAGCUCUGCAAGCGACUCAUACACUUUCUCGCGUUCCUGGAUACGACUAUCCAGAAGCGUCCCGGUAUUUGGCGGUUGGGUGGAGUCGUUACUCCGCUUCCUGGAAACUAUGUCGACCUUACGAGGGUAGACGAGACUCCUCGGCCUUCAUACGAGCUCACCACCGCCAGUUUGCCAAGGGCUGUAAGCUCGUUCGCAAACGUCAUCCGGCAGUACCACGCCGCUGGAGAAUUGCCGUACGAGAUCUUGGUCCUGUACGACCAGGCUCUUCGUCAGGUGUUGGACGAAAUGCCCCACGCGAACGCACCUUUGGAGUCGGCUUGGAUGAUCCACAUAAUCCGUGCGAGCAUCCAUAACCGCCUUGUCCGUCUGCAUCGCCCUCACCUGCUCAAGGGCUACGAGGAGCCGGACUCGGACCUCUCGCGCGUGGUUGCUGUCAACAGCGCGCGGAGCAUCGUCAACGGUCUAAUCCUGUUCAACACCAACACACGCAUACGGCCAAACUUUGUAAAACGCUGGAUCCUCGGCGCAUGUGUCGUCCUCGCAAUUGACUACGUGUUCGGCAACCCCGACAGCCGUACCAGUCUUCUUCAGGCCCUGGACAUCUUUGGCGCUGUCAACCCUUAUGACCGCGCUCCAGCCACCACACUCAAGUGCAAGGAGACUGUGGAGGCGUUCCUCGCGGCCGGCGAUGCCCGUGUGGGUCAAAGUGCUCCAUCCGAGGACGCCAUGGCCGCCUUCUUUGAUGAUGUCAAGCAGAGACUGGAAUACGCCCCACCUAUUGUUGGACUCGUCGAUUUUGGGUUCGCAGCUCCACUGCCAUUCGACAUUGAUUCAAUGCUCAACGGCUUAUGGAGCUCGUAA